GGGGAGCGAGCGACAGAGACGGACGGAGAUUUGUUAGCUCGGGUUGAUUGCCGCUCGGGUAUUUUUUUUAUUACACCCGCAGAUAUAUUUAUAUACGCGAGAGGGUCACUUACCGUGCGGGGAAUAGGAUCCCAGCCGCUUCGGGGAAGGAGGCGCUGCUCCGGUUUUAUGAAUUUUCUUCAGUUCAUUUGGUUCUUAGGACUUCAGGCGUAGAAGAUUACUUAUGUUUGUGCUUCAAAGUCCAGUGUGGAAUGUGCAAAUCGCUCAAUUUUUUUCUCACGUCAGAAUGAAAAACCAAAAAGACACAGUCUGCUCUUAUGGAUCUAUGUGGAACCUCUUUCUACUGAAAAUGGCUGCAUGAAGUUGGUAUUUCAGACCUUCCACACAGAUAGAAAAAUUGUACAAUAUAAGGAAAUUACAAGGAUAGUCGACCAUUGGACCAAGUAAUAAAAGCCGUCAUCUUCUUGUAGUCCUUUUUCCCUCCUGACCCCAAUCCCAAACCAUAUACAGUCACACAUAUUUAAUUGGAGUGGCUCAGGGAGCUAGAACAGCAACAGGAAUGAGUGUGCAUACAGCCGGUGUUCUUGGGGUCUAUCUACUACUGAUUCUGCAGAUUCAAGGUCAAAAUCCUGACAGCAUGCUUAUGGGAACAGGCAUAAAGGCUAAUGGUGCUACAGUAGCACCUGAAGAUGCAGAACCAAGACUUCAUUGUUACUGCUCUGGUCACUGUGCAACUGAAGAAGCGAACAAUACAUGCAAAACAAAUGGAAACUGUUUUGCUAUUAUUGAAGAGGACGAAAAUGGGGAAAUUACUCAUGGCUCUGGCUGCAUGAGAUUAGAAGGAGCAGAUUUCCAGUGCAAGGAUUCAACAAAAGUAAGAAAACGGAGAACUAUUGAAUGCUGUAACACUGAUUUCUGUAACAAGGAUUUGCAGCCAACACUUACUCCAAUUUCUAAUUCAGGUGGACUAUUUGAGGGUGAUGUCCACCGAUUAGGCCUGUUAAUCUCGCUGAUUGUCUGCAUCUUUGUCCUGAUUAUAAUCACAACUGCUUUCUACUUCAGGUACAAGGGACAGGCAGACAGGCGUCGCUAUAACCGAGACCUUGAACAGGAUGUGGCCUUCAUUCCACCAGGCGAGUCACUGAAAGACUUGAUUGACCAGUCACAGAGCUCAGGUAGUGGAUCUGGGCUCCCUCUGUUGGUGCAACGUACAAUUGCAAAACAGAUUCAAAUGGUUCGACUAGUGGGUAAAGGGCGCUAUGGUGAGGUAUGGAUGGGGAAAUGGCGUGGUGAGAAGGUGGCAGUAAAGGUGUUCCCUUCUGCGGAGGAAGCCAGCUGGUUCCGUGAGACUGAGAUCUACCAGACAGUGCUGAUGAGACACGAAAGUAUACUAGGAUUUAUUGCUGCAGACAUUGAAGGCAAAGGCUCGUCGACGUGGUUGUAUCUCAUUACAGAUUACCAUGAGAAUGGCUCACUGUAUGACUACCUGAAGUGCACUGUGCUUGAUACCAAAGCCCUGCUGAAGUUGGCCUACUCUGCUGCUAGCGGACUCUGUCAUCUCCACACAGAAAUUUACGGCACGCAAGGCAAGCCUGCUAUUGCACAUCGUGAUUUAAAAAGCAAAAACAUCUUGGUGAAAAAGAAUGGAACCUGUAGCAUUGCUGACUUGGGCCUAACUGUGAAAUUCAACAGUGACACAAAUGAGGUUGAUAUCCCACUGAACACACGAGUGGGCACCAAGCGAUACAUGGCACCUGAAGUACUAGAUGAGAGCCUCAACAAGAACCAAUUCCAGGCUUACUUGAUGGCAGAUAUAUACAGCUUUGGCCUAGUGAUAUGGGAGAUGUCACGUCGUUGUCUUACAGGAGGCAUUGUAGAGGACUACCAGUUACCAUAUUAUGACAUGGUACCAAAUGACCCCUCCUAUGAGGAUAUGAGGGAAGUGACUUGUGUUAAAUGUCUUCGCCCAACAGUUUCCAACAGGUGGAACAGUGAUGAGUGUUUAAGAGCGGUCCUGAAGCUGAUGUCAGAAUGCUGGGCUCAUAACCCUGCCUCCCGGUUGACAGCACUAAGAGUGAAGAAAACGCUUGCCAAAAUGGUGGAAUCACAAGAUAUCAAGAUCUGAUUGAGCCACUGAACAGCUGACAUUAUUGCCCAAAGAGGGUCAGGAACUUCUGGUGUGUAGAUAGAGGGCUGGACAUUCAGUCACCCCAAUCUCUUCUACACGCCACACUAGAUAGGCUGCUAAUGAUGACCUUUAGAAUUCAGAACUAUUUCAUGUAUGGCAUAGUGUGGGAUUAAGGACGUUGAAUAAUGAACCUCUAUGCCAUACUUCAUAACAACAGCAUCAUGUGAAAAACAAGACUGUGUAAAUUAAUGCUGUUGGAAUAUUUUAAACUUCCUUGGGUUUCCUAUGUGUCGCCGACUUUUUCAUGCUCUGUUUGCGGCCUGUAGUGGAACGAUGCUAGCUGGCACCAUGGGAACUCUAGAAAUGGUGUCUCACAGCCAGAAGAGAUGGUGCUUUCUGUGAAAGCCUCAGUUCUGAAUGAAUUUGAAAAACUAUUGCUAGGAGGUUAAUAGUUGCUUUUCACCUGCUAUCUGUAAAUGGGGUCAGGUGAACAAAUCUGCCUUUGCCUGUCUUCGUGAGCCACGAAGGCACCAGUUAUUUCUUUACCCCACCCUCAAAAUCUUGUUAAAUUGGCUAGUUUUGGGCAUUAGCAAGAACUUUGUGAAUACUAGCUGCACAGAGUGAGCUUCUGCUGCACGCCAGGUAUGAAAUGCAGCGCUGAGAUUUCGUCUCUUCAAGCCCAAAUACUUUAUGUUCACAGCUAGCUCCACUGCUCUGAUUGCCUGUCGGCAAUCAAGGGAUUCAUUCUCGUCUUCUGGAAACACAAUGUUGCUGCCAAGGUUUAUAGAACAGUAUAUUUUCUAGGAAUUAGAGAAACCACCGUUCUCCUAGUCCUGUUAAUUAUGUGUCCCAGUUGUCCUUAUCAGUACUUAUGUAUAACCUCUGGUUAUAGACUGUCUUAAUUUAAGUGUUUUUAAUAUUUGCUGUCCGAAUAUUCAAUGAGUUCCAUUUUAAGUCACAGGAAGCCUAUUGCUCUGGGGCAAGAGAGCGAGUGAGAAUAUUUCUUAGUCAGUAUGGCUAAACUCUCCACAGAAGGUCAGGCAGUGCAGAGGCUUCAGCCAGUACAGUGAUAGUGGUGUGGUAAGUAUCUGAAAUGCAAUUCUGUUAACUUCUCAGGAGGGUUGGGGUGGGAGGGUUACUGACCUUGUAUUACAAGGAUUCUUCCUAUACAAAUAUAAAAUGUUAUUAAUCAUGAAUACAACAGGCACAAGUGAAAUGCUACAUCUCUUAAGACUUUCAGCAGAUGUAGUAUGUGUUCUGCUACCAUUCUUUAAAUUUAGAGUGCCGGUAUUGAUUUGGUUUAAAUUCCAUUCCAUCGAGUUAUCACUAACUACAACGUAAGUGGUAUUGGACGUGUUUAUUCUCAUGGGGGUGAAAUAUCACUGCCAAGGAAUUGAAGCAAUCUUGCCAAUCCCCAUAAUCCACAAAGCUAUUCCACUGAUUCUUCACCCUCCUUAAAGCUCAAUGUUGUUUCUCACACUAACAGUGACUGUCGGAAGGUGAGUGUCAGCUUCACUGUGUUCCAGGGAGAAACAAGAAUCUGUGAUGGUAAUGCAAAAUGCUGUUUAUUGUAAGCUACAUAAUGCCAACUCUUGUGUAUUUUAUUUUAUUUGAGUAAUUCCAACCAUCUUCAUGAAUGGAUUGAUUAAUAAUCCUGUAAUAGUGGCUGUCUAACUUGGCCAGGCCAGAUGCCACAGUUUUGUAAGAUGUUAUGUAACAUAAUGUUUAUAUCUUGUGUAGUACAGCUAUGAAAUGUUGCAAGCUUUUCCUGUAAAUAUGAUAGCCAAAGUAGGGAUUGAAGCUUGCCCCUGCCACCACCCACCGCAUCCCUCCACCCCCCCACCCCCAACCUCCCCAACCGGGGAAGAAUGAGGAAGAUACAGUGUUGGCCCAUUCAUAUGAAUAGGAUUGUUUUUGUUGCAUACCACGUACAGUUGUAAACAUCUGCACUUCUUGUUUGUCUUGUUUACUUUGAACAUGAAAGGUACAGUGCCCAUAAGCAAACUUGAAUGUUUAUCAGUGAGAUGUGAUUUUGUGACUCCUGCCCAAUCAAUACUACUGCAUUACAUAUUGCAUCAUGCUAGCAUGUGUUGGCCAUGAAUCCUGAUACACUGCACUGGAGAUGGUGAAUUUCGGAUCUUUUUCCCACAAAUAUCAAAGCCCCAUGUGAAAGACAAAUGAAACACCAUGUCAUCAGAACAUUAUACUUGGAUGUUUGCAAAUCUGCAGUCUCAUCAUUACGUUCCUUUUCCGUAAUGUUCUUGUUGGAUUGGAACAGCUUUUAUCAUUUUGAACUUGCUGCGGGGAAUUUUCAUCAAGAGUGUUGAAUCUUCCUUUUAAUUGCUAUAGAAUAAUGAAUGAUCAGUGUAAAAAUGGUGAAUAAUGCUGCCAAUUCCUGCAUUCAUCCUGCCCCUUCUGAUCAUUCGUUAUUUUAGUACAUUGUAUACAGGUAAUCCUUUUUACUUAUCCCCUUAAAACAUCACCUGCCUCUCAUUGAAGUAUAUUCAGUGGAUAGAGGAGCAGGAGUUAGUACAGAGAACAACAUUGUUGCAAUGGAGGUGCAAAGAGGUUCUGUAAACCUGAAAGGGGGAGAAAUUCAAUGGCCUGUUCACAUUUAUUAUGGAUGCUCUGACCUAUCAAAGGAAACCAUGCAAGUCAGGGAGUUUGUUUUAAAGCAAGUGUUUUUAAGGAUUGUGCCUUUUUUUCUCAAAUCAGCCUGCCUUUUUUUAUUUAAAAAAGAAAAAGGAGGGAGAGUUCCAUCUGUCACCUGUCAGACCAGCGUCUCCCUAUCAAUGUGUCAUUGUAGCAUAGACAAAAAUGUAUGAAUCAAAGUAUUAUGAAAUCAUUUAGUUAGCGUAUUUGUACAUAAUAAAUGGACAGACAACAAACGGUUAAAGCAGUAAUGUUACUCGAAUGCUUAUGUCAUUGCAAGUAAAAUGAUUACCAUUAAACCAAGUGUACUGAUUUAUAAACCUAUUUUGUACAGCAUCUGGUAAAAGGUGCCUUAUUAAGUUUACCACAGAUUACUUUGCAAAAGGUACAUCAUGUACACAGAUUAUGUCCUGUAUCUGACUUUUAAGUAAAUAACAUUAUUUUAGUACACAA